ACGACCUGUUGAAAUACAUUGUCUGUCUGUGUAUCUGCUUGUCCGCAUGUGUGUAGUGAUCGUGUUGUUAUUUCUUAUCAGCUAAACCUCUCAAACCCACAGUCAAUACGACCACCCGGCGGAGCAGAUGUAAACGGUGCAGCAUCAAUUUAUUACUCAGAGGAGCCGAAACAACAAAACGAAAAUCCUCCCGCUCACCCUCAAUAGGAGAAGAAGAUGUUUUACUACAGUUUACUUAUUUUAUUGCUAUUGUCUCUGACCUGCAAAUGCCAGUAUGACAGAGCAAGGAUGAUUGAAGGGGCGUCGAAACUCCGAAAACUUCCGCUACUGGACGUCUGUGGUUUGAGCCGUAUAGACAUCGGCACCAGAAUAAUCAACGGGAAACCAGCUAAACUAGGGGCGUACCCGUGGAUGGCUCUUGUUGGAUACCGGCGUCAAUCCGGCAGGAGGACAAUGUGGGGGUGCGGUGGGAGUCUGGUGACCAACCAGCAUGUUGUAACCGCCGCCCACUGUGGCUAUUCUCCCAUAUUGGACGGGUACAAUGUAUAUGAGGUGCGACUCGGAGACCUGGACAUGAAUGAUACGAUAUAUGACGGUGCAUACCCCUUGGAUUUCGGAGUAGAGUCCUUCACCAUACACGAGCACUACGACAAUAAAAAGAAAGUGAAUGAUGUGGCAAUCAUCAAGAUUAAGGGAAAGGUUCAAUUUACAGAUCUCAUCAGACCCAUAUGUCUGCCCCCGCCAGAGUUCAGGACAAACAUGUUUGUCGACUUUGCCCCCGUGGCUGCCGGUUGGGGAGUAUCGGUAAACAACACUGCAUUCAGAACAGACACGCGGCUGCUAGAGGCAGAGCUCACAAUCCAGGACCUGGACGAGUGCAGGACCAACGUAACGACAAAAUUGACCGAUGUUCAGAUUGAUGAUAGCGUAAUUUGCGCGUACUCGCCCACGAGCGAUACCUGUCAGGGUGACUCUGGAGGACCUCUAAUGUUCCCGAAGACGCUGAGCAGAUCUGUCAAUACUACCGGCAACAUGUUUCUCAUGGGGAUCGUCUCCUAUGGCUACAUGUGUGCACUCCCAGGGUUUCCUAGUGUAUACACUCGCGUAGCCCAUCACAUGGCUUGGAUCGUUGAACAUUUGGACGUCUGAUAUGGAUUAUCCAAUCUUUAUCAUCCCCAGUCAAUGGAGAAGUAGUCAUACUGCAAGAGCGAGCUAUUUCAUCUUGAAUUGUUGAUAUUAACCUUAUUUGUUUAUUUCAUUUUCUAUACAUUUAGGCCGUUUUCUUUGUAAUCUAGUCCUAUAACACCAAAUUUGUGCUUUUUUGUUGUUAUUCAAUGUUGUUAAGAUCAAUAAUUGUUAUUAAAAUCGCAAUCUAAAUACCGGCAUACUUUCUCUUUGAAAAUAAUAUAAAUAUAUUGGUUUAAAAAUGUAUUACAUGUAAUAACCAAUACAUUCAUGUUGUAAAUAGAUGCAGUUAAGCAGAUUAAACACAGCUUUCACCGUAAGACCCUCAUUAAUAAUCUUCGGAAGAUAAGCAGAAGCACUCAGCAAUACGGGCUCUUAAGAGCCGUCUGUACUAAAACUGUCUUGUUCGUCCUGCAAGAAAUGUGUUGCAGGACAAACCACCUUCAUCUUUGUUUUCAGGUCGCAGAGUUGUAAAUUGUCAAAUUUAAAGGUACGGUACAAGUUUACAAAUCUUUUUUUAGUUUUGUAAUAAGUAUUUAAUAUUUAAACAGUAGCAAAAUAUAGUUAAAACUUUUACUCGUAAAUUCUUGCACAAGUUCAGUAUUUAAAAAGAGACAACAAAAAUUUAUACUUUCAACAUCACAUUGUACUUGUUGUAAAGAGCAAACGUAAAAAUGGAGCCGGCUCUUAUGGGCAUUGAAUCACAGAAGGUAUUAUCAGGCAUGUGGUAUACCAUAAUUUAAAAAUUAGAAAUUCUUUUAAGAGCCUAUUUUGAAAAAUAAUUUGCUGCUUAGAAUGUUAUAAGUUUUACAAAAAAAGCGAUAUAAUAAUUUGGUGAAUUAAACUUAGGUUUAAAUUUUUGAAUUUUCAUUUGUUUGUUUUCAUCAAGUAAUAAACUGUUAUGGUAAA